AUGUUUAGAGGAACUUUUUAAAGUGAUUCUAAGAAAAAUGGAAAGUUAGAUUUUAGAGGAGAUGGAAUGCUUUAGUAGUCGUAAGAGAUUUAUUAAACUCUUAAAUAAUAAUUUGAGAUGAGAAUAGAUUAAUAUGAGCAAACGAUUAAGCAAAUUUGUGAUAGAUUAUUGAAUGAUGAAUUAAUUGAUACAUUGAAAAAAGAUAAGACGAGUGUUGAUUAUGUUUAAGUUAGGAUUAAGGAAAUUAUUUAAGAAUGCAUGAACGAUGAUAAAGAAAGUGUAAUUGAGAAGCUAUCUAUUUAAUAUUCGAAGAUUAAAAGUGAUUAUUAAUUACUUGAUGAGGCAUUUAACUAAUUGUAGAGCUAAUAAGAAGAUUUAAAAAUAAAGUACGCCUCAGAUAUUUAACAAUAUGAAAAUCAGAUGGUGUCUCUAAAAAAUGAAAUAGAUAGAUUGAGUAAUUAAUAGGGAUAAAUUAAUUAGUCUAAUAACUAAAAAGUAAAGAAUUUAGAGUCAACCAUUGAAAAUAAAGCUGCUAUUAUAAACGAAUUGUAAAGAUAAAUCAUAGAUAAAAAUUAGUAUUAGGAAUAAUAAAUCAUAUUAGCUUAAUAAGAAAGCAGCUUUUCAAAAAAUCAAUCACAAUUUUUAGAUCCUUAAAUAUUGAUAAUAAAAGACUAAGAAAUAUAAAGUAUUAAGAUGCAGCUUAGUGAAAUGCAAUCAAAGUUAAAUUAGCAAAUAUAAGCUUUUUCAAGUUAAGAAGAAGAGAAUUUUAAUUAAAAGAAAGCAAACAGAUUGUUAUAAGAAGAAAAUAAAAAGCUUAAUUUGUAGGUAUAGCAAAUUACAAAAAACUCAAGUUAGAUUGAAAGUAGGCUUAAAAGCGAGUUAGAGUCUUCUUAAAGUAUUUUAAAGCUGUAAUUAAAUGAAGUAUAAGAAAAAUUAAAGCAGCUAAAAAAGAAGCACAAACAUAAAAAAUAAUUAUUGAAAAAUAAGAUAAAAGAGUAUGAAAUUAAAUUACAAGAGAUGGAAUAAGAAGCAAUGAUUCUAACUGAGUAGCACAGAAACGAUAAAAGAAAUUUGACAGAGCAAAUAUAAAUAACAAAAGAUCAUUAUGAAUACUUGUUGUAGUAGUAAUAGACUGAUAUGGCAAACACUCUUUAAAAUAUGAAUGCUAAUUUAGAAGAAUAGAAAAUAAAAUUAAGAUAAGAUUUAACUGAGUAAUUCGAGAAAUAAUCGAAGGCAAAUAAACAAUAGUAUGAUUAAGAAAUACAGAAAUUAAAGAAAAGAGAAUAUGAAAUUCAAAAAAAAUUCGAUGAAUAAAUGCAUGAUUUUGUGAUAUAAAAUAAAUAAAUAUAAAAUAAUUUCUUCUAAAACAAUGAUUUUGCGCUAGUUAAAAUAGAAAAUGAAAAACUAAAAUAAGAAUUAGCUUCUGUUAAAACUGAAAAUUAAUUUGCAUUGAACUAAUAAAACUAUACUGUAAAUAAUUUAACUGAAAAAAAUGAUGCUUUGGAAGAAUAGAUUGUUAAUUUGAAGAAAUAAUUAGGUAAAUAAGAAAUUGAAUAUGAAAAAAUGAAAAAACAGUUUGAAAGCUUAAAAAUAGAUUCAGAAACAUUAAGUUAGAGAUUUAACAUUCUCCAAAGAGAUAAGGAUUAAGCAGUUAAUGAAAAAAGAUAAAUUCAAAAGAAUUUCGAUCUCCUAGAAAAAGAAAGAAAUGAUAUUUAAAAGAAAUUAGAAAUUAAAAAAGAAGAAUACCAAAAUUAACAUAUUUUGUAUGAAAGAGUUUACGAAAAGCUUAACAUUACCGAGUAAGAGCUAUCAAAUAUAAAAAAUGAAACAGAGCAAAUUCAAACAUCAUUGUUUUCUUAAAUUAAUGAUUUUAAAAUAUUAAAUAUGAAGUUAGAAAAGGAAAACGAAUAAAUGAAAAUCUCAAUUGAGUUAUUUAAUGAUUACAAAAAAGAAUCAAAAGAGCAAAUUUAGUCUUUAAGAGACGAAAAUAGUAAAGUAAAUGAAAAACUUGUGCAAUUAAUUUAGCAAAAUAACAGUAACACCUAAGAAAAAUCUUCUGCAAUAAGUUAACUGCAAAUAGAAUUAAAGAAUUACUAAAUUUAAUUAGAAGAUAAAGUUCAAAAAAUUGAAAAGCUGAAAGAAGAGGUUUAAGACUUUAAAAUUAACGAAGAAGUAAGAAAGAGACAAAUCCAAAGUUUGGAAGAAUAAAGUACAGAUUUAAAAUAAACUAUAAGAUAAAAAGAUGAGUAAAUAAAUAAUGCAUAGCAUGACCUAGAAGUUUAUAAGUAAAGGUUUUAAAUUUGCAAGCAAAAACUUAAGGAAGCUUUCAUUUAAAUUUUAGAUUCUAUAAGGUUAGAAUAAGGUAAAAUUUUAUUUUAAUUUUUUUUUAUAGCUAAUAAAUAAUUAUUAUUAAAAUUAUUCGAAGAGAGCCUUAAAAUACAGUUUACUAGAAGUAUAUGUUCAUUAAAGGAUAAUUAUGAAGAUUCAAUAUUAGCCAUUUAAAUGUAUACCUAGGGAGUUUUAUCAGAUUUAAAGGCUACUUAGAAUGAAAAAAGUAAUUUGGUUGAGCAAAUAAAAUAAUUAAAGUAAUAAAUAACUGAAUAAACGAAGUAAAAUACUGCUAGAUAAAAAUAAGAAUCUGAAAAUAUGCAAUAAAUUUAAGAGAAGAGUAAUUAGCUAUCUAAAAAUAUGAAGUAAGAAAUUAGUGAAUUAAAAAAAAAGAAUAACAGUUUGCUUUUAGAAAUCUAAAAAAGUAAUGAAAAAAUAAUCGAAUAUUAACUAGACUAAAAGAAAACAAAAUCAGAAAAAGAUAGGAUGCAAGAAACAAUUGAUUCUCUUUGUGAGGAAAUUAAACAUAUACAAUAAGAUAAUAAUGAAAAAACAGAAAAAAUAAAUCACUGGAGAAGUUAAGAAUCUAUGUCAAAUUAACUUGAAAUGGAAAGACUAUAAAAACUUUGCUAAUAAGAACUAAAUAUAUAUUAAGAAAAAAUAAUUUAAAUGCAACGCAGGUAGGAAACCAUGAUAGAAUUUUAUAAUUAAUAGCUAAAACAAUUACAAAAUGAUUACUCAAGUGCUGUAAAAAGAAAUAAUAUUUAUCAAUGA